GGUGAUUGAUCCUCCUGAAUCAGGACUCAGCUGCAAGAAAAGCUCCAUGUACUUCCCAGGGCAGCUGUUCCCUGCAGACACAGCAGCACCAUGCAUAGUCCCUGGGCUUUUCCCUCAGCCAUGGAAGCCUCGGGUCAAAGGAGCAGCUGACACCCAUCCCCACUAGCUCUCAGCCUUGGCCACCACCCUUGUGCCAAGCCCUGCACUCCUCCCUGCUAAGGCUCUGCUGGUUGAAACAGAUUUUUUGCUGCUGUCAUGUCAGCUUCUUCCUGGUCUUUCAGGAAUCCCCAGGGGAAUGCAGCUUCUUUCAGUCUUUCAAGGCUCCGCCUUGGCAGGUGGCUGGACUGGGCCAGCUCUUCCCACUAAGCUGCCCUGGGUUCAAGUUGUGUUGUGAGGGCAGUUCCCCUGUCUCACCCCUGGGUGCGUGCUGGGGCCAGCAUUGCACAUUCAUAUAUAUCAUAUAUGUCUACAAAUACCUGAAGGGAGGGUGCAGGCAGAGCCAGGCUCUUCUCAGCGGUGCUCAGUGCAAGGACAAGAAGCCAUAGGCUCAAACUGGAACACAGAGGUGACCCCUGGCCAUCAGGCAGCAGUUCUUGUACUCAUUGCCCCAAGUCUGUGUCCUUUAGUUCAGGACAGGCAUUUAGUCCAUCCUUACUGAGCUCUCACCAUUCCCACCUGACUGCCAACCUGCUAUAAAAGCAACUAGAGUAUCAAGUUGCCCAAGUUAUACACAGAAGAGCAACACAGCUGGUGAAGGGUCUGGAAGACAAGGCACUUGAGUGGCUGAGCAAACUGCUCAACUGUUGUUGAAUCUGGACAAGAUCCCAUCACUCCCUCUAAAUUCCUGAAAGGACAUUGCAGUGUGGAGGAUGUCAGUCUCUUUUCACAGGUGACAAGUGAAAGGAUGUGAGGCAAUGGCCUCAAGUUGUGCCAGGGAGCGGAUAGAUUGGAUAUCAGGAAGAAUUUCUACACAGAGAACUGAAAAAGGCUGCCAAGGGAAGUGGUAUCCCUGGAGGUAUUAAGAGACGUAUGGAUGAAGCCCUUAGGGACAUAGUUUGAUGAUGGGACUAAGUAAGUCAAGGUGACAAUUGCACUUGAUGAUCACGAAGGUUCUUUCAUCCUAGAUCAUUCUAUUAUUCAAAAGAUCUGCAACCAACUCACAGACACCACAAUUACACCUCCUGCAGCCUCACCACCAUGCUGAAGGUUGCUCAGGAUACCUGUCCUGUCCCAGGGCUAGAGAGCAGCUACUGCUGCUGUCACAAGAAACUAAGUGAGGACAACUGAAUGUAUCCCCCACUGCCACUGCAAGGAGGCUGGUUGGGCUGCUUGGCCCAGAUCCAACAACAUGUUCUCAGAGGCAACCAGUCCUACCUCUUGCUCUAAAUCCCACAUCAAAGCCCUGUGACUGGGAGCAGCUGCCACAGUGUGAGCACCAUUCACAAGCCGACAGGCAUUUCUUUUAUGGGUUGUUGGUUUCUGGCAGUGGAUGGCCACAAUGGCCACAUUGUUCCUUUCUGUUUAUUGAUGUUUAAUGUCUCCAAUGCUGUGAUUUUGCUGGGCAUGAGUUGAGUGUGGUAAUAAGAAGUUAACGAUCCAUAUAAAGGGAAGGGGAAAUGACUCACUCCCGUGAACUCCAGGCUAAAAAGUAGAACAGACGAAGCCAAAUAGUUUGGUAAAUCUCAUUAUUUUAGUCCAUUUUCAUUACGUUGACCUGAGACAACAAAGAUGGUGGCCCUACAACUACCCCUGACCAUCCCAGUAUGCACGUCCCCUCCAUGGCACAUCUCCCAGCCCUGAGCUGGUAGCUGGUACGCCUUGGUUUGCUCUGCCACCUGCCAUUGUGCUUUCUGUGGCCAGCUCAUGUGGGUGGGGGACAAGCUGAAGUGCUGUGCAAACUGAGGGAAUGAGAGAUGCUGCAAGCAGGAUCAGCACAGAACACUCUUGUUGGUCUUGGACGUAAACCAGUGCCACCCAGCACUACCCAAGGACAUGCCCUGCAUGGUGUAUCCCUGCUUGUGACUGAAACGCCCCAGGGCUGCCCACUGCUCUUGAAAACCUCCUGCGGGCCACGACCAGUCACAGAGCUAUACCUGGUCAGAGGCUCUGGCCACAUCUGUGGCUCUCAAAGCUGUCUUUGCCUGCCACUGAGAAGGAGGGAGGGAAGAGCAGGAAGGAGGGGAGGGAAAGAGGAAGAGAGAGAGGGAGGGAAGGAGACUGUAUUCGGCGGCUGCCUCCAGAGAGACCAACCAUCAAUGCGGGAGAGCUUCACAAUGUCCUCAGCAACUUCCAGGACCUCGUUACCCAGCGGCCUGGCCGUCUUUACAACUUUUCCAGAUGUUCUCUUCAUCCCCGAAAUGAUAUUUGGGGGCCUUGUCUGGAUCCUCAUUGCCUCCUCGAAGAAUCUAGACAGUUCACUACAGGGCUGGGUGAUGUUUGUCUCUGUGUUCUGCUUUGUCUUGACUGCUGUACUCCUGUUCCUCUACACGUGUGGGGUGCAUGGGGACAGCAGCUCCUGGGUCACUUUGGAUGUCAUCUGCCAGGAGACAGCAGCUCUGUUCUACUUCAGUGCUUCUGUGUUGGAAGCCAUUGCUACCUCUGUACAGUCUACGCCUCAGGUAUCUGAUCAGGCUCUGAUCAGUUACCGGGAGAAUAUUUCUGCCUCGGUAUUUGCAUUCGUAGCUACUCUGUUGUAUGUGAUCCAUAUUAUAUACUCUCUCCGCCGAUGGAAAUCAUCCUAAUGAUCUGUCCUUGCACGUUCAAUCUUGUGGUCACCCUACAAACACAGAAGUUAUCCGAUAACCACAGUUUCCAGGCUGGGAUUAGGGCUUGGUUUUUAAUGUAUAUACCAUAAACAAGCAGCUUUUUAUGGGGAACCAUGGCAAUGAAGACCAAGAGCCUGUCAGAGAAACCUGUCUGCUGACACAAUCUAUUUUUCUUCAGUCUCCUGGUUGGAUUCAGCUUGAUGCUGGUAACCAAGGCCUCAGCAGAAAACCCAGCUUAAAUUAGAACAAUACAGUUGGAUUUAAAAUGUCAAAAUCUCCCUGAAUCCUUAUGUACACCUAUGCCUCCACAGUCUUAACUGCUGUUAGAGGAAAGCCUGAACAAUGGUGCUACGCAGCGUGAGAAUGAAACCUGGUCAUUUUGGUUGACAUGCAUCUGUGUAAACCUCUUUGCCUUCCUCAUUUGCUGUGCCAAAAGAAUUUUCCAUGCCAUUUUUGAAAAUGCCAUUUGUGACCUGUGAGGAGUAAAGGCAAUAUUUAAUUUGCCUCAGGUGCAAUGAGCUCCCAACAACACCUGAAAGGUACUGCUGAAUUACGAGGCUCAACUAUAACCCCAGGAAUUACUCUGCCACGAAUCCAUGAAACACAACUAAGAAAACAUACUAUAGAUACUACAGCAGAAUUAUAUGGAUAAUUAGAAUAACAUCUCAGAUAAGCAGAUGUAAUUAGCUCUUGUCUUCAGCACAUGACUGUUCUCAAAUAUACUGGCACUAUGUCACUAAUAAAGAUGGAUUUCCUAUGAUUCUGCAACCAAUGGCCAUUGUUGCUAACUUCCUCUUACAGUUGAUGCAUACAAUAGCAGGGCAAUGCCCAAGAAUGAGGCACAAAUCCAGGCAUGAAUAAGAGAAUCCUACAAUAACAUGGGUUGGACUUCAAAGACCACCUAGUUCCACCCCUCCGUUGUGGGCAGGGCUGCCCCUCCAGCUCAGGCUGCCCAGGGCCCCAUCCAACCUGGCCUCCAGCACCUCCAGGGAUGGUGCACCCAUGGCUUCUAUGCACAGCAGCCCCAGUGCUUCACUGCCUUGUUAGUGAAGAAUUUCUUCC